GCUGCCGGACAGUCGUCUGACCUCGGAGUUCGGGUUUAGAGGACGCGCUAGAAGGGUAUAUAGGGAGGCGCGCGAGGACGCCCUGCCGCGAUUUGCGUUGCGUGUUCGUCCUAGCAGCAGCAGCACAAACCUUUCAGACUCAGAUUUGAACGUCAAGAUGUUCAGUCGCGCGGCCCUUGUGGCGGCGGCCCUGGCUGCUCAGCGCGUCUAUGCCUUGAGCGAGGGCAACUGCGUCUCUUUCGACGCGUCCUCCGGCGGCUUCCCUCUCGUCGGGGCGACCAUCAUCACCUCCGAGGACGACUUCCCGGGCGUGCAUCGCGCCGUGGCCGACUUCAUCGUCGACGUCGCGAACGUGACCGGUACCGCCCCCGCCGCCUUCAACCUCACAGACCUCGAGACACUCCCCUCCUCCGCCCUCAUCGUCGGCAGCGUCAACUCCACCAUCAUCUCCCAGCUUUCGAACUCGUACGCCGUCGACCUUAGCGCGCUCACGGGCCAGUGGGAGAAGUUCGCCAGCGGGCCGGCGCCCGACGCGCUCCCUGGCGUCAAGAACGCGUACGUUAUCGCUGGGUCGGACAAACGUGGUACAAUCUUCGGCGUCUACGAGCUUUCUGAACAGAUCGGCGUUUCCCCGUGGUACUGGUGGGCCGACGUUCCCAUUUCGAAGCACGAGGAGGUCUACCUGCUCCCCUGCGCGCAAGGGCCACCGACGGUGAAGUACCGCGGCAUAUUCCUCAACGACGAGGAGCCCGCGCUAUCGAACUGGGCCAAGGCAAAGUUCACGAAUGGCACGCUUUCGGAGCUGAUGCACUCGCCGUUCAACCAUCACUUCUAUGAGAAGCUAUUCGAGCUUAUUCUUCGGCUGAAGGCGAAUCAUCUGUGGCCAGCCAUGUGGGGCAGCGCAUUCUGUGUCGACGAUGAGCUCAACCAGCCGAUGGCGGAUUACUACGGCGUGGUGAUGGGGACCAGCCACCAAGAACCCAUGAUGCGCUCGACGCCGAACGAGUGGAACCUCUUCGGUAACGGCACCUGGGAUUACAGCACGAACGCGGACAACAUCUAUCCCUACCUCUACGAAGGUGCUAAGCGGGCGUCCCCGUACGAGUCGAUCUUCAGCAUGGGUAUGCGCGGGGCGGGUGAUUUACCCCUCUCAGACGAGACGAACAUCGAACUGCUCACGCAGAUCGUCGCGGACGAGCGUCAGAUUCUGAGCGAUGUCUUCAACACGUCGGACGUGACGACUAUUCCGCAGAUAUGGACUUUGUUCCAGGAGGUCCAGGGCUACUACGAACAGGGUAUGGAAGUUCCGGAGGAUAUCACGCUGCUUUGGUCGGAUGAUAACUGGGGCAAUGUCCGUCGUUUCCCUACGCCAAACGAGAGGAACAGGACUGGUGGCGCCGGUGUCUACUACCACGUAGACUUCGUCGGAGACCCGCGCGACUACAAGUGGAUCGAGAGCUCCCAAAUCUCCAAGAUCUACGAGCAGAUGUCCCUCGCCGUCGAGUACGAGGCCACCCGCGUCUGGAUGCUCAAUGUCGGCGACCUCAAGCCCUACGAGCGCUCCACUGAGUUCUUCCUCACCCUCGGCUGGAACGCCAGCCGCUGGACACCCGACAACGUCGGCACCUUCGUCACCAGCUGGGCGAAGCGUGACUUCCAGGUCGAGGACGCGGAGGCGGAGGCCAUUGCAGAGAUCAUCGCCAACUUCACGAAGCUGAACGCGCGGAGGAAGCCUGAGUUGUGGAACAGCACGACGUACAGCCUGACGAACUAUCGGGAGGCGCAGACGACUUUGGACGAGUGGAACGCCAUUCGGAAUACCUCGACGGCGAUCUACGACGGACUCCCGUCCGACGUCCAGCCCGCGUACUUCCAGCUCGUGCAUCAUGCCGUGCUCGCCAGCGCCAACCUCGGCGAGAUGCUGAUUUUGGCCGGGCUCAACAACCUCUAUGCAUCGCAGGCUCGCCUCAGCACGAACGACCUUGCGGAUAAGGUGCAGGAGCUAUUUGAGUAUGAUUACGAUCUCGAGGUCGAAUACCAUAGCAUCCUCGACGGAAAAUGGAACCAUAUGAUGGAUCAGACCCACGUCGGAUACUACUAUUGGCAGCAACCUAUGACCAACACUAUGCCUGCCGUUAACCGCGUUCAGUCGAGAAGGCAAGCUCUUGCCGGUGUCAUGCGAAUCAUCCCCGAGGGUACAGCCGGUGCUUGGCCCGGCGACAACCCAUACCAGUGCGCGAAAGGCUACGACUGUGGUGACCCCACCAUCUACAUCGACCGCUACUCUCCCAUCUCCGACCGCUACGUCGACGUCUCCGCCGGUGGUCCUGCACCCUUCUCCUGGAACGUCACCAGCAAUGCGAGCUGGGUGUCGACGUCCCUUCAAGGCGGCGACAUAUCUCCUGACAGCAAGGAGGCGCGGUUGUAUCUCUCUGUCAACGAUUGGAGUGCUGUGAACGGAACAAGCUAUGCGCAGCUGACCUUCGUCGCGAUCUCGAGCAUCGACGAUCCGCUGACGGUCAACCUCACGCUGGUUGCUUACAACCCGGGUGCUCCGGCUGAGGGCUUCACCGGCUACGUUGAGGGUGAUGGUGUGGUGUCCUUCGAGGCCUCGCAUGCAGCGAGGAAUACGCCCGUUGACGAUCUCGCGUGGACCGUAAUUCCCGAUUAUGGGCGCACAUUGGCAGGCGUCACUCCCUGGCCGCGCGGCGACAAGAACUUCACUGCCGGUACCGGUCCGUCUUUGGAGUAUGACUUCUACACCUUCGGCAACGUCAGCAGCGCCAACGUCACCGUCUACCUGUCGCCUUCCUGGAACGCGCAAGGCAUGAAUAACUCCCUGUCGUACGGCCUGCAAGUAGACGAGUCCGACAUCGACGUCGUCGAGUACAUCCCAUACCCGACGACGAUCGGGGGCAAGCCCGCGGAGUGGGCCGGCUUGGACGGCUUCGUGGCGAACAACAUCGCCACGGGCAAGAGCAACUUCACGCUGAGUGGUGCUGGGGCACAUACGCUCAAGCUCUGGAUGACGCAGCCAACCGUGGUGGUGCAGAAGAUCGUGAUAGAUCUUGGCGGCGCACUCGCAAGCUACCUCGGGCCUCCCGAGAGCGUGCACGUGGGAGCUUGAGGGUGUUGAAAGCAAGAUGUGCUGUAGUAUUAUGCAGAAGAGAACAACAUCAUCGUAGGUAAAUGUGAACAAAACAUUGACUAGUCCAUCGUCCUUGAACACAGUAUCGCGCGGUUCCCUAACACAUACAGAAGCCCUCUACAACACAGCCCACCCCAAGAGCGCGCCAGCGACACCGGCAACGAGGCCAUUCUGAAGGUUCGUGCCGCGGAGCGCGGCAUUGUUGUCGUCGUCGCUGCCACUGGAACCCGAGGGGUGGCUCGAGCUCGACGUCUGUGAGCGAGUAGACUGGCCGCUGCCGCCGCUGCUACCGCUCCUGCUCGUCGUGCCGUUGCUGCUACCGCUGCUCGUCGCAGUGCCCGUGAUGACAGAGUCGGACGCGGUAACGGUGUCCG